AUGAGACAAACUCUUAAAUUGUUUUUAAUCGGUUUAUUUUCCUAUCUGUUUGUAUCGCCUAUUACUGUUGAUUCCAGUGAAUUAACAACAACUGCCACUACAUCCUACGCUGAAGUUACUCCUGAAGAAAGCACCAUUAUAAACGUACUAAAAACUAAUACUUGUACCAUUACGGAAACAAAAUGCGUUUCAUGA